GUGGGAUGUUAUUAAGCCUCUUCCAACUACUACUGUUUGAAUUUGGCCUCUCAGGACAGUCAGACAUCCAAAUCUAGGAUUUAUGGCCCUCGGGACAUCGUCAAGGGACGGAAGCAGGACCAACCAAAGAAAAUGUCCCAGCGGGCAGAUUCCCCAGAAUGUGGAGGGGUUGUGGUUGAGCUGGAGUCGGACGACAUCCGUAGUGCGAGAACCAGGAGAAUACGAAGAAUUCCAGGUUCAGCACUGAUCUACUUCAGAGGACCCAAGUUUCUGAUCUACGUCAGCGGAGCGUUGUCCAUGUGGGGCGACCGCAUGUGGCACUUCGCCAUCUCCGUCUUCCUGAUCGAGCUCUACGGCCGAAACCUGCUCCUGACUGCCGUGUUUGGGUUGGUAGUGGCUGGGUCGGUGCUGCUACUCGGAGCUCUGAUUGGAGACUGGGUCGACCGCAAUCCCAGGAACAAAGUUGCACACGCCUCUCUUUUCAUUCAGAAUAUCUCUGUGACAGUGUGUAGCAUUGUGCUCAUGUUGGUCUUCUCAUAUAAGCAAAGGAUCGAGCACGUCUGGGACGGAUGGCUUACUGUGGUUUGUUAUACGGUGGUGAUCAUCCUGGCAGAUGUGGCAAACCUCGCAAGCACAGCCUUGACCAUUGCCAUUCAGAGGGACUGGAUCGUGGUUAUCACGGGCUACAACCGCGGCCACCUGGCGGGGAUGAAUGCGACCAUGCGGCGGAUCGAUCAGGUGACUAACAUCCUGGCGCCGCUGGCGGUGGGACAGGUCAUGACACUUGCCUCGAACGUAGUGGGCUGUGGCUUCAUUCUGGGGUGGAACCUUGUCUCUCUCAUCGUGGAGUUCUUCUUCCUGUCGCGAGUUUACCGCAUCGUCCCGGCUCUGUCGGUCAAGCCCCCAGGGGUGGAGGAGCACCUGGAAACACAAGGGACACAAGGUCAGACCGGGGACUCGAGGUUAACACACCCGCCGACGGCACGCAGCCUCGGCCUGCAGCUCAAAGAGGUCACAAACCUGCCGCUGUGCUUCCAGAAGCUUUGCAAGCUGGUGAACACCUGCAAGGACGGAUGGCAAGCGUACUACAGGCAGCCGGUGUUCCUGGCGGGAAUGGGCCUGGCUUUCCUUUACACCACGGUCCUGGGAUUCGACUGCAUCACCACCGGCUACGCCUACACUCAGGGCAUCAGCGGGUCCCUCCUCAGUCUGCUGAUGGGGGUGUCGGCCAUCACCGGACUGAUGGGAACCGUCAUGUUCACCAAACUGAGAAGAGCCUACGGCCUGGUGAACACCGGCAUCAUCUCCAGCUGCCUCCACCUGGGCUGCCUGCUGCUGUGCGUGUGCUCCGUGUUCGCUCCCGGCAGCCCCAUGGAUCUCAGCCUGCUGGUGCCAGACGCCAGCUCCAACUCCUCCAGCGAGCUGGGCGGGAUGGCAAGCCAGAGACAGAAACACACGCUGCCUCUGAGGGGCAGCACUAACCAGCCGCUGCUCCCCGACCGCUCCUCCAUCCACUGGACCAACAACACCGUACUGUUCGACAACGUGCCCACUGGUACGGCGCCCGAGUCUUACAUCUCCAUUAUUCUGUUGUUUUUGGGUGUCAUCACUGCGCGCGUCGGUCUGUGGUCCUUUGACCUGACCGUGACGCAGCUCCUGCAGGAGAACAUCUGCGAGUCGGAGCGAGGCGUGAUAAACGGGGUCCAGAGCUCCAUGAAUUACCUGAUGGACCUCCUCCACUUCAUCAUGGUCAUCUCCGCACCGCAGCCACAGCACUUCGGCGUCCUGGUCCUCAUUUCUGUCCUGUUCAUCACCACCGGACACACCAUGUACUUCCUGUACGCUCACAGAACCAAGAGGAAAUGCCACCGGGACACAUAGACGCCUGUAAAUAUGAAACUCCUGACUCAGUCAUUUCAGCACUACACACCGACUCAGCACCAAGCUAGUACUCUGAUGAAGUCGGGAUAAACCGGGAUCAACCACGUUCAGAGCUCCACCAACUGUCUUCAGCUGCAGACCUUCUGCCAGCCUCUUCUUAACUAGGUGAUUUUGUUUGACAGGUUUUUUUUCGAAUGACCCAAAGAGAAAGAGAUUUUUGAGGGAAACAAAAAUGUGGCGCUGAGUUGCUGAUCCGUCCACUUGGAAAUAGUCCAGACAGGAGCACAAAGGGAACGUGACAACGGAAAAUCAACACAAGACACCAAAGAAAAGGGCCUCCUGCCAUUUAAACAGAAAACCCUGGGUUGUUUCUCUGUGGAUGAAUCACGCAAACUCAAUUUGUUUUCACCAAAAACACCAUUCAGGGAUGUCACGGACGGCUGGUUCAAUUGGCUUGGGAAUUGAGAUCUGAUUUUUUGCCAUGAGCGAGUGAUUUCAGUAGCUUUUUAGAAACUCUAGUUACAGAAAGUUUGUGAUACGUUUGACAUUACAAAACGUCCAUGAACGCGACGGGCAGCAUUGGGCUGACUUCUGUUCAGACUUGUGUA